CAUGAUGAUAAUAGUGAUAUCACACAGGUUAUACUUUUGCACUGGCACAUGAUGUUGAUAUCAAGAUUGGUUACGGAUACCAGUUCUUCCUAUUUGUUUCUGUUGCUGCCUGGAUCUUGAGGACUGUGGCCUACCUGUUUGCCUAGGUCUUGAUUCACAUGUACUUCUUGUAUGCUUGUUUGGUCUCAUGUGCUGAUGUUGAGUACAAAUACAAAUUAAGAAUAUUCAAAGAAUAUGGGGUUCCUGUUUCUUGAUUUGUUCUUCAUGCCGUGAACCUGGGACAAGAUUAAGAACCCAAAAACACGGAAAUUGGCGGCAGGACGAUGCCCUUUCGCGUUCAAAAUAUAGACGAACUGGAGCUGCGGUCCUCGGAUAUGGCUUUUUCUUGCUACAGUAUCCAUCGUGCUGAUUCGUUUUUCCUGAAUAGUGAAUAUACCCGGUAACAAGUCAAAUACACGCCUGAAGCGGAACACUCAGCCAAGCCUAAAUUAGGCAAGGAAUGAGCCGCUGCUCAGAGGACACCAGGAUUACGAGAAACAAAAAUGCAUAUUUAUAAUUUAUGCAACAUUGUUCCGAUGAGCGAUGCAACACCUGUACCAGCGCUAAUAUCAGCACAUCGGCGCCCGAUAGCCAGUUGACGACGACGGUGCCAAGGACGUCCAGAGACGGAGAUACUGGUGCCCGACGAUUGCUCUUGGCAGAAAGCAUGCUUGUAGAAAGCGAGUCAAGCGGGGAGAACUCCUCCUCUCCUAUUUACGUGCACCACCACUUCUACCACUGACCUCCCUGAUUCUUACUUUAAUUGACUUCUACCACUACCACUACAACUUACUUUAAUUGAAAUUGACAUUCGUACAAACAACUGCUAUGGUGCAUCAAUCGAGGACCUCUCUAUUCUCUCUAAUUCAAAGCAAUCGACGAUCAGAGUGUUAUCUCCAUACCCUCGUCUGAGGAUGAGGCCGAGGACCACACUGCGGUGCCAGCUAUCAAAGGUACUGGACGAUUUAGACUAUUGAAAAAAUUUAAAUUUUUUUAACCAUUUUUCUCGUUUUAUGCGACUUCACGUUAUUUGCGGGCUUCCGGUGUUCUUAUUUACAAUUCGUCCAUCAAAGACGGCUUCCUGUCGUAGACGUAGUGACCAGUUUACACCAUAGAAUCUUUUGGUAGUUGUACAGCAUGCAUUCCUUAGUGGGCUGUAUCGGACUCAUGAUACUCCAAGCGACUUUCUUUGAGCAGCAUUUUGAAAUUCCAUUUACCUUUCCAGGUGCAUUGACGGAAAAGGAUCGACGGACAUCUGAUCUGUUAAGUUUGGACAAAUUGGGCGAACUUACUUAUGGCAAGACAGUGAUGACUAUCCCAUGCGGUGGCUGGACUGUGCUUAGUGGAUAAUUCCCGUUAGAAGUCUGUUCAGGGCGUCCUCUCGCUUAAGAUCAUAAUAGUGAGCGCCACCGGCACAGUUUCUUAAUAUAUGAUAGAUAUUGAGGGAAUCCACUCGACCAGGGAUAAUGAUCGGCUGGCGUUAAGGUACCGCGCAGAUGAUGGAGUACACCUUUACGCAGAGUACUGACACUCUCGGCAGUUCAACCCGCAGAAUCCUGAUUGCACAAGAAAACGCGGCUAAUCCUGGGCGGACCCUCAUCAUCGGAGCAACCUCGAACCUGUACAGCCGCGGCGUAGGUUACAAGGCGGGCAUCAGUGCAAAGAUGGGACCACUAGAAUUAUGGCCGUUUUAUUUACCUUCCUACCUAGGGGACCUUUGUGUGGUGCACGUGCAAGGGGGUUCAGUACGUAGUUAGCAGUUGUUUCACCUAGUUUCGCCUUUAAAGAUCUUUGACUACUGCACUUUCAUCAAAGAUGAGUAUUCCUACUACCUAUUGUAUAGCUUGGCAGAAGACUUACCUUUAAUUUUUUUGGACGAAAUAUGUAGGCACGACUAGGAUGCACCAUACUAUUGUCUCACUCGUCGUGCGAGUUUUACAACACAGUAAAAAGGAUUGGCUUGGGCCAUGCUCUAGCUCUAAUACGAGUGGAGCUUGAAUCAAACGUGACCAAAAGCCAUAAGGCGUGUCGGAGGCUGUGUGGGCUUGCUGGGCACCUUUUCCUUCGGCUUGUGGACCUCGAGAACACGCCAACAAGCAGAGAACUCCUUAAGCUAUUGUUGAUAAGGUUACCUGUACCUCAUCACUAAUAAAGAUUGGGAUUUGCCUUUACUUUCUUCGAGCAAAAAAUCAAUGCAAUUUAUUAACUUAUAGGACGAAAUAGUAUAUAAAUAUAUAAGGAUAGCCUCAUCUUUAAACUCAAGAAAUAGAAGGUAGUGACCCAGCGGUCUCACAAGCCUUAGCUUUCAUGCUACCCGAUGUCAACCCGACACCACCGGAGCGCUUGGCGUGGGAUUUAUUAAGGCUGUAGCUAGUCCAUCUUUGGAGGCAUUCUUGAAACGUAUGGGGGAGUAUCGUAAGGGAAUGCUCCCCCAUGCUUUUCAAGGAUGCACUUGAAAGAUGAAUCAAUGACAGUUCUAAACUUACGGGGAACAUUCACCAGCAUCGCAGCAAAUAUGAGCGCGCGUUUCCUCUUUCAUCGUGACCGCGGAAAUCUGUCGGGAAGCUACAGUCUCAUCUUCGCGUAUGUUAGGACCAAAGGUCAUCAUCCGUAUCCAUAUCGAUAUCCAACUUUAGUAGGCACAAGAUCAUCUUAUAUAUAUCUGUAAAUAGUAGUCUACGCAUCAUAUUGUCAAGCUUCAGCUGUACAGUUUCCUACGCACGACUAAAUCUAGAAGAUGUACAUCAUUGUACUGCGCAUACCGCAGUCCUACUCCUGCGUGCAACUUACUAGGUACUGCGCCCACGACUAGACAUGCUGCGCAUAAUUGAUCCAACAAAUAUAUAUAUAGAGUACUUGCAGGAAGUAGCUCAGAUUAGAGAUUUGCUCAUGGGAAUCAAUGAGGUUUUGUAUUUUUUUUGUAAGUACUCUAAUUCUUGCAAUUAUUCGGGUGGUCGCCUGAUGGUAAGGGUGCAUACGCAGGCACGGAAACUUAAGCAUGGGCUUUAGAUAUCUUGCGUGAGCUUUCUUCAUCUCAUCCUCUAUUUUUAGACCUCAUGAAUAGGUACAUCAAUCAAUCAAUCAUCUCCUACCCAAAUCAUACUGAUACUAUUUAUAAUUCUCCUACCUUCCAGAUUCGUAUUGAGUUAUAUCCAUCUUGCUACUCGAGGUCAACAGUAUACAAAGUAGAAACAUUGAGUUACAAUGACCCUAGCGAAGCCUCUUUGAUUUUCGUACGGAGUCGACUAAAUAAUUUUCAUUUAUUUUCUGAUUUAGAUUUACUUCAUUCAUCACCCACUUGUUCCUCACCUUCAGUUUUUUACUCUUGCUCAGGUAUUACCUUCUAACAAGCGCAAGGGUUGCAGACUGCAAGAGAUGAUACCACGACCGCGACGGCCAGACGGCACAAUCGCAGAGCCUGACUGCCCGCGCCGCGUGAUAACCGCAAAGGAGAGAAACGAACCGGGUGGGGAAGACUGGACGGUCGACCUAUACGACAUCAGGUUUCCGAGAGCGCUCUUCGUCUGCGCAGGAUCGUCCGAACACGCUACGGAGCCUUUCGAGGGAGAUCGAAAAUCAAUGGUUUUCUACAAUUUUAAGGAGACUGACAGUGACGAGUUUGUUUGGUUUUUUGAAACUUGUAAUAUACACACCUACUAGUACUAUCGGGAGACGCUAUGAUGAUGAGAGUCCAAAGUAAAAAGGUGUUGAAUCUAAGGGCGCCAUCUCCAUCUCCUGGCUCACGCCGAUGCAGUUUGAAAUAUAAUUUUUUUGAGUCAUAAUUUUGGAACUAGGGGAGUACCAAUCUCAAUCUCCUUGGUUUAAUCUUCAACGACCUUCAGUUUAUAGAUGAUCUAAGCGGUGAGUACUCUUCUGGGGGAUUUGUGGCGAUUUUUUACUUCAUAGUGCGGAGUAAGUCGAGUCAUCUAGGGUAGUACGAUUCUUUAUGCUUGUGAACAUCUUCAUGAUUUUCGGCAGUGUGUACAAUGUUCCGAUCGAUCUGGAGGAUGGGGAAAACGCGCGACCAAAAUUACGCGUUGAAGAUCAACUUAGACGUUCGCAGUGCCUUGAUUUACUGCGCGGUUUGGGCGCCUAUCCUUUGACGGAUCAGAGAGUGGCAGAGCGGGACCGCGAGAGUUAAGAGAGUCGCUAUAGGUCUUCAUCAUGCUUGAUUUGAUCGCCAUCAGAUGAUGGCGCAAGAUGGAGAGUGCUUCAUCAAGAGAUGUCGGAUUCACUCAACCGCGGAUGAUGAGAAAACUGGCACGACCUCUAAAACAAAGUCGAAAAAAAGGAGCGGGAGCGCUUUCACAUUAUGGGUAACUCUUAUGUACUCCUGUGCUUGUAAGGAAGACGAGCUUGAAGUAGCUCAAGAAAGUGAGAAGACAUGCCGUAUUUUACAGACAUGUGCAUGAGAUGACUCUUAGAGACGUCGAAAAGUUAAAGAUCGGAAGUUUUUCCCUCGUGACUAUGUAGGUCCAUUCAUAGAUUGAUACAAAUACUUACUUGCCUUGUAUUACAGCCACGAACUGCGUGUCCUCUCUAAGCGCUAUCCUCGCAAGCGACGUAACAAGCGACGUAGCAGAGGAAGCAACAGCGAUUCGGUGAUUGAUUUAUGCAGUUCAGACGACGAGUCGCUGAGGUCUUGUCCCAGCGAUGGCGAGCAGAGUGGCCCCAUCGUAUUGGAUUGAUACAAGAACUUUCUGGACUUACUAAAGACUGUAUUUUUAAUUGGAAUCAAAAAUGACGAAAUACGAAGAUCGAAAUUGAUUCUAACGGUAGCUUUGACUGCCGUGAAUAAAGUGGUCGCCCCGCUUGAUCGACCUGAAAUUCCACGGUCCCCAUUGAUGAUGUGAAUCCUCUGCGCAACCAAAAAAUCCCCUUGUGUCUAUUUUCCCCCCAAAAUUCGAAGAACUCCUGCCUUUACUGUAACUAAACGCGAUAUACGUGUCAGAAUAUAAUUAGAUCUCAUCAUCUGAUCAUCAUCUGAAGUUUUAACCGACCCCGAGUGCGGGGUAUAUCGUCUUCAACAUGGAGGACAGGUGAAU